AUUGAAAGCAACAGUCAGGAACUGUGUCUGCAAAGAUAAAGGUUGUUUUAGUUCCAAGGCUUAUUCACUGGAAACCAACACAUCUUCUUACACAGAGCUAAAUUGUCCUGCCUCUUUCUCCUGACCAUGUCACUAUACAAUAUUGCAUCCAUGAUUAUGCUUCUCCUCACAAGUACCAUUGGACAGAAAUAUCCUUUUAUGGACCCCUCACUGCCUUGGGAUGUCAGGGUGAAUGAUUUAAUUGAACGUCUAACGCUUGAAGAGAUGGUUUUACAGAUGGCGAGAGGCGGAGUGUUGCAGAAUGGACCUGCUCCGCCCAUCCCACGACUGGGUAUAAAACCUUAUUCCUGGAACACAGAAUGUCUAAGAGGGGAUGUCCAGGCUCCAGGCUGGGCCACUUCCUUCCCUCAAGCUCUUGGACUUGCUGCAUCAUUUAGUCCAGAACUGGUGGCAAAGGUGGCUAAUGCCACAGCAACUGAAGUCAGAGCUAAGCACAACUAUUUUAUGUCUGUUGGCAACUAUGAUGACCACACUGGACUCAGCUGCUUCAGUCCUGUGAUAAACAUUAUGAGGCAUCCACUGUGGGGAAGGAACCAGGAGACUUAUGGUGAAGACCCUUAUCUGAGUGGGCUUUUAGCCUCUGCUUUUGUGAAAGGAUUACAAGGAGAUCACCCUCGUUAUGUGAAGGCCAGUGCAGGAUGCAAACAUUUUGAUGUUCAUGGUGGUCCUGAAAAUAUCCCAGUCUCUAGGUUUAGUUUUGAUGCAAAGGUGGAGGAGAGAGACUGGCGCAUGACUUUUUUGCCUCAGUUUCAUGCAUGUGUUGAAGCUGGGACAUACAGCAUUAUGUGUAGCUACAACAGGGUGAAUGGGGUUCCAGCUUGCGCUAACAAGAAGCUGCUUACAGACAUCCUGCGCUCAGAGUGGGGGUUCAGUGGUUACGUGGUGAGUGAUGAGGGAGCCAUUGAAUUUAUCCAGAUGAUGCACAAUUAUACCAGCAGUUUCCUUGAGACUGCAGUAGCUGCUGUAAACUCCGGAUGCAAUUUGGAACUAGCAAUUAAUCUGGCAGAUAAUGUAUUUAUGAGAAUUGGAGAUGCAGUAGCAAGUGGUAACAUCACAAUUCAGAUGGUAAAGGAGCGGCUAUACCCUUUAUUCUAUACUCGUAUGCGGCUUGGAGAAUUUGACCCACCAGACAUGAAUCCAUAUAGCUCCCUGGACCUCAGUUCUGUACAAACCCAAGAGCAUCGAGAUCUUGCUGUGGAGGCUGCUAUCAAGAGUUUUGUCCUGCUGAAAAACAAGGGGAAUCUUUUGCCUCUGGAUUUGGAAAGCAUCAGAGGAAAAAAGAUUGGGAUAAUUGGUCCUUUUGCUGAUGACUCUAAUGCCCUUUUUGGAGACUAUGAACCUCAUCCAGAUCCCAAGUACAUCUCCACUCCCAGGAAUGGUAUUGGAAUCCUUCCAGUGCAGGUCAGCUUUGCUGCUGGAUGCAGUGAUGCCCAGUGUGAUACUUAUUCCCCCUCAGAAAUCAAGACAUUGGUGCAGUCUGUAGAUAUCACAAUUGUUUGUCUUGGGACUGGUAUAACCAUAGAGACUGAAGGUAAAGACAGGAGUGACCUCUCCUUGCCGGGCCACCAGAUUGACCUCCUGAAAGAUGCUGUAAGUUCAGCUGCAGGACGCCCUAUUAUACUGCUGCUAUUUAAUGCUGGACCACUGGAUGUUACUUGGGCAAAAAGCAGUGAUGGGGUUCAUGCCAUAUUGGAAUGCUUCUUUCCUGCCCAGGCUGCUGGGAUCGCCAUUGCUUUAACCCUAACAGGUCAAGGGGGCAUCAGCCCUGCAGGAAGACUUCCUUCAACAUGGCCAGCUGGAAUGGACCAGGUGCCCAACAUGGAAAAUUAUACUAUGCAGGGAAGAACAUAUCGUUACUAUGGCAACCAGGUGCCCCUGUACCCCUUUGGCUAUGGUCUUUCCUAUACCACAUUUCAGUAUAGUGACCUGGAAGUGUCACACAGCUCCCUGUCAAUAUGUGACAACUUACAUUUGUCAGUGCAGGUGCACAAUUCCGGCUCUAGGACAGGAGAGGAGGUGGUACAGCUGUAUAUGAGCUGGCAUGGUGCAUCUGUGCCUGUUCCACGUUGGCAGCUAGUGGGCGUUCAGCGGAUUAAUGUCCAUGUUGGCAGUGCUAUGAAGAUUGUAUUUUUAGUUCUACCAAAGCAGCGAGCAGUGUGGACUGACCAGUGGCUGCUUGAACCAGGGAACUUCUCUUUGUAUGUUGGCGGCCAACAACCUUUCCAAGAGACAAAAGCCCAAUCUAAUAUCCUACAAGCCAGUUUUACUGUAAAUGGUGCAGCACGGCCACUCUAUACGUGUUAAAGGGACAUUCAUUUCAAAAUCUAAUUCCCAUAAAAUAUUACAUUAAGUAAAAUAAAUCAGAAACCUUUACAUGAUGUGUAUGCGUGGGGUGCCCUGAGAAAAUUGCAAACCAUUUUUAAACUAUUUUUAUGCAAUGGAAUGAAAUACAAUGCUUCAUUGCUUAUGUAUACAAUGCAACUAUAAAAGAAAACAUAUGUAUGAAUAUUCUUUUAAAAGGGCAGUGCAAGCAGUUAAACAUCUCUCCACUAGGUGGCGAUAUUACAGCAGCAUAAACCCCUUAUACUGCACUGAUAUUACAAGAAUGCAACAAUGUAAAACGGAGGUGGCUGAUGCCAAAGACCAGAAAGCUUUUUUUGUUAUAGAUAUAAAAAAAGAGCAUUUGCAGCUAAAGAGUUUUCUUUGAAAAUAAAUUUGUUUACAUAUUCAACCAUU